UCUCAAUCGGCCUCGGCUCUCCAUUCUCACUCCUUAUCCUCACUCCAGCAGCACCCUCGUUCCUGCACCAACACCGCAGCAUUUCACCAUGGUGAGCGAGCAGACGCCGGUGACCACGGAGCCGGAGCUGGAGAGCGGCGACGCGGCGCCGGUCAUCAAGGCCGAGGAGCCCGCGGAGGACGGCGCGCCCGUCGUCGAGGACGUCAAGGAGGGCGACGGUGACGAGGACGAGGAGGAGGACGAGGAUGAUGACGAGGACGACGAGGAUGAAGACGGCGAGCUGGGUGUGGCCGGGACCGAGGGGUCGAAGCAGAGCCGGAGCGAGAAGAAGAGCCGCAAGGCCAUGAUGAAGCUCGGGAUGAAGCCCGUCACCGGCGUCAGCAGGAUCACCAUCAAGAGAGCCAAGAACAUCCUGUUCGUGGUGUCGAAGCCGGACGUGUUCAAGAGCCCGACGUCGGAGACGUACGUGAUCUUCGGGGAGGCCAAGAUCGAGGACCUGAGCUCGCAGCUGCAGGCGCAGGCGGCGCAGCAGUUCAGGAUGCAGGACCUGAGCAAGGCGAUGAGGCCCGACGCCGCGGCGGCGGCGGGGGCCGGCGCGCCGGCCGACGAGGAGGAGGUGGUGGACGAGACCGGCAUCGAGGCCCGCGACAUCGACCUCGUCAUGACGCAGGCCAGCGUGUCCCGCGCCAAGGCCGUCAAGGCCCUCAAGGCGCACGACGGCGACAUCGUCAGCGCCAUCAUGGAGCUCACCGCCUAGCCUUGUUCGCUUCCUUUUUCUCCAAGUCCGGCCAGGAUCUUUCCCUGCCGGAGUAUCGUAUCAUCAUGUGGCCGUGUGUUUUGCCGUGGAUUUUCAUCCCUUUGUUCUCUCUCAAUCAUAUGUGAACGUUGCACCAUGUUGUCAGUUUCGAGAUAUGCAUGCGGUGUGUUUUGCCGUA